AAUCAUAACCACACCCACUGUUAAGUAAGACAGAAAACCAUGAACAUAAGUAUAGAGAGAGAGAAGGGGGGAGAGAUGGGGACGGGGUCUCUCUCCCUACGAUUCAACUUUUCUUAAACCCCAUAUUUUUAAAACACUCUCCACCACCCUCUUCCCGCCCAACUCCUCCCACUUAACACAUGGAGUUUUAUGCGUUGCCUUUCUCCCUCUCCUUCCUCUCUCUUUCUUUCUCUCUCCUUCUCCUCCUCUCACCCUCUCUGUCUCUCUCUAACGAUACCUUUGCACUCUCUCAGUUCCGCUCUCAGACCGACGUCCAUGGCACUCUCAUCUCCAACUGGACCGGCGCUGACGCCUGCUCUGGCGUGUGGCGUGGCGUCCGUUGUUUCGAUGGUCGAGUCGCCGUUCUUUCUCUACCUUCUUUAUCUCUCCGUGGCCCCAUAGACGCCCUCUCCGGUCUCAACCAGCUACGAAUUCUUGAUCUUCAGGGCAACCGUCUAAACGGCACUGUUUUGCCCAUCGCUAAUUGCACCAAUCUCAAACUUGUGUACCUCGCUGGAAACGACUUUUCCGGUGAAAUUCCGCCAGAUUUUUCCUCACUCAGGCGAUUGCUCCGGCUGGACCUCUCCGACAACAAUCUACGUGGACCCAUUCCGGGGUCUCUCUCCAGCUUGCCUCGUCUACUCACUCUUCGACUGGAAAACAAUGUCCUCUCCGGUCAAGUCCCGGAUCUCUCGGCGUCUCUCCCGAAUCUCAAAGAGUUGAAUUUGUCUAAUAAUGGGUUUUACGGGCACUUACCCGAAGGUAUGGCGAAGAAAUUCGGUGACCGGAGCUUUCAGGGGAAUGAAGGGCUAUGCGGGUCGAGCCCUUUGCCCGCUUGUUCGUUCACGGAGGCUUCCCCGACGGCCGCUUCUGCCCAAACAGUUCCGUCAAACCCUAGCUCGUUGCCCUCUGCACCAAUAAUUGAUGCGGAGAAGAAACGAUCUCGAAAGGGGCUAAGCCCGGGAGCGAUUGUGGCAAUUGUGAUAGCCAAUUCAGUGCUAUUGCUGGUAGUUGCUUCAUUCGUUGUUGCAUACUAUUGUGGGAGGUAUUCAAGGGAGGGCAGUUCGAAUUCAAAGGCGGGUAGUGAGGGUGGGAGGAGAAGGAGAAGUGGGAGCAGCUCUGCUAGCGAGAAGAAGAAGGUGUAUGCAAGCAAUGGAGGUGGAGCAGACAGCGAUGGGACCAACGCCACUGAUCGAAGCAAGCUUGUGUUUUUUGAUAGAAGGAAGCAGUUUGAGCUGGAGGAUUUGCUGAGGGCGUCAGCUGAAAUGCUCGGGAAAGGGAGCCUGGGGACAGUGUAUAAGGCGGUGCUGGAUGAUGGGUGCACAGUAGCUGUGAAGAGGCUAAAGGAUGCAAACCCAUGCGCGAGGAAGGAGUUCGAGCAGUAUAUGGAUGUGAUUGGGAAGCUUAAGCACCCCAACAUUGUGCGCUUCAGAGCCUACUAUUAUGCCAAGGAAGAAAAGCUCCUAGUGUAUGAUUAUCUCCCCAAUGGGAGCUUGCAUUCUCUUCUUCAUGGAAACCGAGGUCCAGGAAGAAUUCCCUUGGACUGGACUACAAGGAUUAGCUUGGUGUUAGGGGCUGCUCGAGGCCUUGCCCGAAUUCAUGAAGAGUACACAGCAUCCAAAAUACCUCAUGGGAAUGUCAAAUCUUCCAAUAUACUGCUUGAUAAAAAUGGUGUGGCUUGCAUUUCUGAUUUUGGGUUGGCACUGCUUUUGAACCCAGUUCACGCCACUGCAAGACUGGGAGGAUACCGUGCUCCGGAGCAGUUGGAAAUCAAGAGGCUCUCUCAGAAGGCGGAUGUGUACAGCUUUGGGGUGCUGUUGUUAGAAGUACUUACUGGGAGAGCUCCAUCACAGUAUCCUUCCCCAAGUCGUCCUCGUGUGGAAGAAGAGGAACAAGGGGUGGAUUUGCCAAAGUGGGUUAGAUCGGUUGUAAAGGAUGAAUGGACAGCAGAGGUGUUCGAUCAAGAACUUUUGAGGUACAAGAACAUCGAGGAAGAGCUGGUGGCAAUGCUUCAGGUGGGGAUGGCCUGUGUUGUGCCACAACCAGAAAAGAGGCCUACCAUGUCGGAAGUGGCCAAGAUGAUCGAGGAUAUCAGGGUGGAGCAAUCUCCUUUGGGAGAGGAGUAUGACGAAUCACGCAAUUCACUUUCACCUUCACUGGCGACCACCGAAGAUGGGUUAGCCGGCUACUGAUCCUUGAUUGGCUGAUGCUGCUGAAUGUACUACAUGAUUGCUCCAUCACCUACCCCUCUCACUUGCAUCCCCUCACUGCAAAUUGUUGCUGUUCCUGGCCCUCUUCUUCAGGCUAUGCUUUCUCCUGUGUUCCAUUUUGCUUGUAAUGUUUAUAAGCUUUAUGCUUCCUGGUUGUUGCAGGUGGCGAGA